AUACAAGAUUGGCAGAUUUAAAAAAUCCAGAAAUCCCUUUCAGCAUGGAGAAAUAUGGAAAAAUUGAGACAACAACCUGAUUUUAUAAAAAAAAACUUGACAUGAUAUGCAAUAACCUAUGACUUUUUGUAUGAAUUUUUAUUUUCUGCCAUAAAAAAUUUAAAAAAAUAUUUAAAAUAACUUAUAUUUACUUAUAACUGUGAUGAAAAAAAUUUCUGAAAAAACAGUCUGAUAGUAGUACAACAUCUAUUGAACCACAAUGCAUUCAUUUUUUAAACCAGCCAGUGGAUCUGGAGAUGGAAAGAAAUCAUCCCUAACUAAGUCUGAUAAUGAAACAGAAAACUUGAAACCAUGGAUUGAAAAAUACAGACCAAAAUGUGUUGAUGAUAUUGCGCAUCAGGACGAAGUCGUUGCAGUUUUAAAAAAAUGUAUUACAGGAGCAGACUUGCCCAAUAUGUUGUUCUAUGGUCCCCCAGGAACCGGUAAAACAUCAACCAUUCUGGCCCUUUCACGAGAUUUGUAUGGCCCCAAAUUUCGGGAUAGAGUACUUGAACUCAAUGCAUCAGAUGACAGAGGCAUAUCAGUGGUGAGAGACAAGAUAAAAAAUUUUGCACAGUUGUCUGUAAGCAGUUUACAAGGCGGAAAGUCGCCGUUCAAGAUAAUCAUAUUAGAUGAGGCAGACUCUAUGACGAAAGCUGCACAACAAGCUUUGAGAAGGACGAUGGAGAAGCAAACGAAAACUACAAGAUUUUGCCUUAUUUGUAAUUAUGUCACAAGAAUCAUUGCACCGAUUACAUCAAGAUGUUCAAAAUUUCGAUUCAAACCUUUGUCUGAAGAGGAUCAGAAAAAAAGGUUACUCAGAGUAGCAGAAACAGAAUCCGUUAAAAUAUCAGAAGAUGCGAUGGAUAGUAUGGUAAAAUGUUCAGAGGGGGAUUUGCGAAAAGCAAUGACAUUUUUACAAACUGCACAUAGACUUAAAGUAGACGAAGGCAUAGCAAUCGAAGAUGUUCUCGAGAUAACAGGUGUAAUACCAGAUCCAGUAAUCAAAUCAUUUCUCAAUAGUUGUUCUUCAAAUUCAUACGAAAAUCUCCUAAAAACAGUGCAAGAGAUAUCAGCUGAUGGCCAUGCCGCGGCUCAAUUGGUCUCACAGCUCCAUGAUGAAAUUGUUAUUAUGCCAUCUCUCACUGAUGAGCAAAAAUGUGCCAUAACUGAAAAAUUAGCAACCCUCGAUUAUUGUCUCAAUGAUGGUGCGGAUGAAUACCUCCAACUUAUGUCACUUGGAACUCUUAUUCAGCAACAAAUUUGCUCAUGAGUUAGGGAUUUUUUUCUACACUGCCAAAUAGGGAUGAUAUAUUUUGGUGGAAUAUAUCACUUUCAUCAUGCGCCAACCUGGUCAAUACAACUUAUGUGCUUAUGUUAUACCAGAUUUCUUAUUCCAGAAUUUGUCCAUGCACUAAAAUUAUACAGGAAUUAAUUCUUCAUACACCAGCAGUGUCAUGAAGUACAAGAGAUUUUUAGAGAGUAUCAACUAAUGCUAACUGUGGACUUCAUGAAUCAUUACAUUGAAGUUAUUAUGAACCUCAUAGUAAUAAUUCAACUCCAUGUGUACUACCAUCAAUGCGGAAAAAUAAGCGAAUUCCUGUCUAAAUGUUUCUGUGAUUAAAUUUUUUCACUGAGUUGAAGUUUUGCAAUGUGUAUAACAUGGAAAAUCAAAAUAAGGUCAAAUA